UGUCGCUUUAACUUCCUGGAGACGGUUGCUACAACAGACCGAGUGGCCGUUGGCGUCCGUUGAGACGCCGCAGCAGCGCGUGACCGUUUCCAAAAAAUGGACGGCGGCAGAAUGUACGUGUUCUCGAGUCGCCCCCGAGUCGUGGAGGAUCCGUGGAAGCCCCGGUGGUCUCCGUCUGAACGGAUGCAGCAGAAGCAUGGAAACAUUAUGAGGGAUCCGCGCGUUUUCAGAGGAAUCGCCUCCUCCCAGCCCCUCAAGUUUGCAGAGGAGAGCACAACCAGAGCCGUCGGUCCAAAACAGGCCAGGAGGAAGUUCAGAGCCAGAACUCCUGAAGCUGUUCAGGGCAGGAAACACGUGGAUGUUCAGACAGAAAGUUACCUGGAAGAACUGAGCGACAUUCCUGAGGUCAAGGAGACUGAGUGUCAGACUGACGCUUUUCUGGACAGACCUGAAACUCCCCUCUUUCUAGCUGCAAAAACUGGCAAAGAUGCUGCAACUCAGAUAUAUGAGGGAGACCUGUUUGACUUUGAGGAGGAAGUGCAGCCCAUCCUAGAAAUCCUGGUGGGGAAGACGCUGGAACAGUCUUUGCUGGAGGUCAUGGAGGAGGAGGAGCUGGCUGCACUGAUGGCCCAGCAAAGGGCCUUCCUGGAGCGCCGGAAUAACGAACUCCCAGAGGUCCAUCGGCUUGAGGAGCAGGAGCGACGCCGGCGUGAGGAGAGAGAGCGCAGAAUGGCAGAGCAGAGGAGGGCGUUGGAGGAGGAGAAGGAGGUGGCAGAGAAGAUUGCAGCUCGUGCGCUAACCCAGCAGCAGCUGGCUGACCUCGUGCCUUCAGUCUUGGCCUCACUGAGGAGGGAGGGUUACUUUUAUGACCCCGUGGAGAGAGAUGUCGAGACACAUUUCUUCCCACGUCUCAUGGAUGAUGUUGAAAGCAUUUUACAGAAGAACUGCAGAGUGAGGGAGCUUCUGGACGAAAUCAUCUAUGACGUCACUCAGAAAAGCCUGGAGACGCUUGAAGAGCUGGAGACCAAAGCAUCCGACCCCUGAAGCUGCUGAUAUCAUAAAGAUCCGUGUGAAAUGCUCUCAGUCAGGAACCGUUCAGCCCUGUGUUCUUUAGAUUUGUGCUGAGUCAGCAGUCAAAGGAGGAAAAUCAGAAUUCCACAUGCAAUAGUAAAGUUUUAUGUUCAGUCGUA